UACAAAUACUUAUCGUUGUUUGAAUUUGUUGCCCAAGCCCAAAAUAUUCUUUAUAUUACAUACAAUUAAACAAUCAAUCAAAAUGAAAGCUAUUCUUAUAUUUGAUAGUGUUAAUGGUUUGUUAUUUUCUAAAUGGGACGACUUUUUUAUACAAAGAAUGAAAUGUUUUAAUGAACAGGAAAAUGAGGGAAUUUCUGAUAUUUACAAUGUAGCUCAACUACUUUCUCCAAUAAUUACUUCUCAACGAGUGAUGGCUGCACAAUUUGGCAACACAUAUUCUUCUAUGCAAUGUAAAGAUAAUACUACUAUUGUUUUCGAUGAGUGGUUAGAUCAUGUUUUUAUGAUUGUCAGUGAGGACACUGUUGAUGAUUCUCAUAGAGAACUCUUAGACUGUAAAACACUUGUUCAGCAUAUUUGUGGGCAAAACAUAAAUUUAUUACAAUCUCCAAUAUACCAAGAUUGGUUAUCAGUUUUACUAGACAGUCGUACAAAAGGUGAUUCAAUCCCUGGUGCGAGUGGCAUGAUUGGAGAAAGCGGAGCUACAGCAGCUUCCUUGAAUGCUCUCAAAACAGCUUCCAAAGAGAUUAAGUGUUCACCACACCAGCAUUAUCAUGUGAUGCUUUAUGUUGGUGAUAAGAUAUUAGCUCUCUAUUCAAGUCGCGGCAGUGAGGAUCUUACAUCACCAGACUUAAUUUUAAUGAGUAUUCAAUGUAUAGCUGCACAAGAACAUUGGGAGCAUUUUAAAAAUACUGAAUCUGCUGCUGUACAUCUGCCUUGGUUAUCUGAAGAAAAUAGUGCUAUAGUAAAUCUUUGUGCAGGAGCCACAUGUAGCCCUUGUGCUCCUUAUUCUAUGCAUUUGGCUGAAGUGGCGCCACGCAUUAUUUUUGUCAUUCUGGUUGACAUGGAUAUGAGAGAUGUUGGUAUAGCUUCACAUAUUACAGGCCAAAUAUUAUCCAACUUAAGAAGGCUACUACUUCAAAGAAACUUGGAACUGCUGCCUAAUACACUUGACUCAUUAGAUGCUGCAGUCAAAAAGACAAGUGAAGCCCUACGUAAGAACAAAAUGAACACUAAUUUGUGUACAAGACUGACUUCACGCAUGCUCGAAUUGCGAAAAUCUUGCACAACUACAACACCAUUGACCCCAGAAACUGCCGCAACGGCGAUGCACACUGCUCUAGAAGCUGUCAUAGAACAGCUAAAACCAGACAUUCCAAGUAUCAAAAUAGUACAGCCUUUAAAGGACUUAAGAGUUGCCUUGGCUCCCUAUGUUGAGUUUCUACGUGUUAAAGCUAUGAGAUACUUCAGUUUGGGAUCGGGCGAGACAGACGUGACGACUGGUUGUUCCCUAACGCUGCACAAGUAUGUGGAGGAGUUUCCCGGCCUGAUACACUUCGUGUACGUGGAUCGCACCGCGGGCAGGUUCCUGGCGCCCGACAGAGCCGACUGUGUGGAUAUGCUGACAUCUGAUACGGUGCGCAGCAUUGUGAGCCGAGGCUUAUCGAUAGUGCGCGAGGGUUACAGCGCGGCGACGUGGCGACGGGGCGCGCUGCACGCGUGCGUUGUUCUAUGGUGGGAGCGGCGCGGGCAGGCGGUGAGAUCCACGCGCGCGCCGCACCCCGCUGCCGUGCGCGCGCUGCCGCCGCCCGGCGACAUCCUCGCUGCCUUCUACAGAAAUUUACUAGAGCAAGCGUUCCCCAACGACAGUCAUGGUGUGUGUAUCAAGGAGUUGAUCUGCGUGCAUUUGGGCCUCCUGCCGGCAUCGACUGCGGUGCAGCAAGCUCGCCGAUUGGCACAUACGGUGAACGAAUUGGCUGUUGAUAACCCUGCCGUGCCAGCUGACUUGCUAUGAAAUGUAAACAGCUGCAGUGUUAUUCUGUAAGAACAAACUCGAAUCCGCCAGUGUGAUUUGAAAUAAUAUGUAUUCCAAUUUUAAGUCACAACGCGGAUGCCUAGAUGAAAAAAUGAGUUUUAUUUUUUCAGAAAAGCAUUGCUGAAAAGAUUUUGGUCUAGCGCGAUAAAGGCAAAACUAGUCACUGUAUCAAAUAAAUUGUGCCAAUUAUGUGUAAUGAAAAAUCUUUCUAGUGUUUUUAGCGAAUGACUAUCAAAUCAUUUUUAGAACCAAUAAUAUUGCAAUAUUUAUUAAUUUUAAUUCAAAAUGUACGAUGUAGUCAGUUGCAUCAUUAAAUUACGUCAAACAAAUUUCAUGAUUUUUUACCUCGUCCUUAUUGGCCAGGCCAAGGCCUGGCUGGCCAUGUGGUCAUAUUUAUGAGACCCCUCAUUGUUGAGAUGAGACAUCACAUAUUUUGCAAUUUUUCAUUUAGACAAUAUAAUAAUUCACGAAACAUAUAAUGCGAUUCAACUAAGAAUAGGACCGACUGGGCGCCAUAUUGUGACGUCAUAGAUGUCAAUUCAAACCAAAUCGGUAGAGUGAGCAAAAGAAAGUUUUUAUUUAAUAAAAUUUAUUUACUAAGAUGAAGUGAGAAAAAACCUCAGAUUUAUUUAAUAAAAUUUAUUUACUAAGAUUGAGAAAAAAAACGAUUUUAAAUAAUAUUUAUUUAUUAAAACUGUGUGAGAAAAAAACAUUAAUCUAAAUCUAGCUCUUCAAUUCCGCUCAUUUCUGCAUUACCGCCGGAGUAGUUAUGAAUAAUCAUGCACUAUUUCUAGGUCACAUAUGAAAAUGCAUCCUUUAAGUAAUCGAAAGUUUUAAAUUGAGUUUAUGAACGCAACUUAAAGUACCAUUUGGUUGACGAUUUAGGUUAUCAACCAGUCAUAGCCAAGGCUCAAUAAAUGAAAAAAAAUAUCAAACAAUAUUAACUAUCAAUAUUUGUUAUUGUUUGUUUACUAAUGUCUGGUUUUUAUUCUAGAAUUAGCUGAGUGCUAAAAACGGGUUCCAAGAUUUUUUUGCAAACCGUGCUUUUCACGCGACAUUUGACAUAUGGAGGUCAUUGGCUUUCCUAUUCUUAUUUGGAUCGCAUUAUACUCAUCUUACCCCUUGGCCUUGUGACACUGUUUUCACCCUCUCUCAGCACCCCAUAACAUGUGACGUAAUUUAUACAUGACCUCUUGUGGAUUGUAUCACUAUUCUUAAAAUCUCUUUAUAAAAUACCCUAAGACAUUCCAAGAAAUAUAAAUUUAGAAUUAACGUAUACAAAUUCUUUACGUUUCUUUAGAAUACCAAAUGCUUAAAUUAAAUUAUAUAGUUUUUACAAGAAAGCUUUAUAUUUUUGUGGCAUAAUGGGUUCCUUGAAUCAUUUUAAGAAAGCGCAAUAGCUUUGUUUUAUUUUCUGAUGACAGCACAAUCUUGAACAAUUAAUGAGCUUUCGGCUUGCAAAAUAUGUUUGUGCACUGCCAUUAAAAGCUCCACACUGAAAGAAUGAAUCACUAAAUAUUUUUAUGUAAACUUAAACUACCUUACAUCCUACCCAUGUAAUCUUAUUUAUUUUUUGGAUUGACUGGUAGCUAUUUUAAAUGUGCUCUAACACUGAAAGUUCACGCGGUCCAGGCAGCAGACGGGACUCGAACGCGCACCCUCUAUAGUGCUUCGCUUGGAUAGCGGAGGGUGUGUGUUCGAAUCCCUUUUGCUGCCUGCACUGCGUGAAUGUUUUCUAGUAACAAAUUCUUUAAAAUCAAUUGAGUCAAGAGUUUAACAAUUGAUAAUUAUUUUAUAAUUUUAUGGUUUUAAUUAGGUCAUAAUUCUCCAAACUUGACAGCAGGGUCUCCUGUUCAUUUAAUAGAGAGCGUCACAAGGAUAUACCUACACCAGUCGAUUUGAAAAAUCAUGAGAGAAUCCAUAUCAAAGUUAAGAUGGUACGUAUUUGUUUUUAGCAAUUUAUAUUUUGUUUAUACACUAUUGUUUAAUUUAUUUUAAAUAUAUUAUCAUCUUAAACAGUUUAGUCUUAUUCAUCAUCAGCCUAUUCAUGUCCCAAAUGCUGCUGCUUCUGAGAAUGGACCAUGCCAUGACUAACCAAGAUGCACCAGUGCAGUUUGAUGGGUGCUAACGACUACAGAUGCUGUAACAUCACCCACCACCAAAGGUUUAAGGUGCUUUCCGAAGAACAGAGGAACUUAAAUAAUGAUGAUCAUAAAAUAAAUUUUUGGUCACCAAUCCAAUGGCCAGCUUUUGCGAAAGUUGCUCUUUCACACAGACCAAAUGUGCUUACCACCUGCGCUAUCGACCUUCUCUGUUAUCUAUAUAUAUCUGGAGCAUAGAUACUUCCUACUAAUAUUCUAAAUGUGAAAGUUUAUUUAUGCUGGGGUCACACUAAAAGAAAAAUGCUGAAUGUUAAAGGAACAGUGUGCACAAUUAAAUUUUAUUCUAUCCAUUAUGUAAUUUAGAUGACAAUGUAAAAAUAAAAUAAAAUAUUUCUCAUUAAUAAACAUGUAUUUAGAGUAUCCUAAAAGUAUCAAGCAGCGUUUGUGGAUGUUAAACAACCUCAUGUAAAUAGAAAUUGUAGUGUUAGUAAGAAAAUGAUGUCGAUUCUGACAUGAUUCUCUAAAGAAAGCUAAAGGAGAUUGCUCAGCUUCCUUCCAUACAUGUUUGGCCUAAACACCAAUAAUCAUGAAAAAUUGUUUCCUAGAUUCGAAAUUAUAUAUAAAUUACUGUAGAAACGAAUACUAUUGACGGACACGCCUGAGAACUUCUAUAAACCAUAUACACUGAACAUAUUAAAAUAAUAAAAAACAAAUAAGUUAUAUAGUAAACUAAGGAAAUAAAGCCAAGUACCGAAAUUAUGGAUUAGAUUCAGGUUUAUAGAGCAUGUAGAUUAACAGAUAGUUGCCUGUUUUUAAAGUUAAUGCAUAAGAGUAACUUUUAAAAUCAGGUGUCAUUUCCGGUUACAAUAAGGUACUCUCUGACAGAAACUGUGUGAUGAUUGUGAAUGAGCCACAGAUUAGAGAGAAUUUUUAAACUCUCGUUAACCAAAGAAAGCUAAGAGAUUUAUGUUCUAUAGCCAUAUAUUCAGUAGCUUCAUUAUUUUUGUUAUGUUUUUAAGAUAACCAUAUUUUAGAUUUUUAGUGUUUCACACCUUAUAAUUUUAUUUAUUUAUUAAUUUAUAGUCAGGAAACGUAGGCCCAUAGAUAGGUACCUUAAAGUCUAACAUACAAUACAGAUUAUAAUGUGUGUAUGUAGGUGUUUGGCGAAAAAUGUAUGAAAUAGACUUUAUGAUGUCGCCUACCAUCUUUAAUAAUUGUCUGAGUACAUUUGCAUCUAGUGAAAAUGAUAAUAUAGUGGUGGAUAUUAAUACCACAGUGUAAUAAAAAAAAAUAUUUAUUUUAUCGAUCUUAACAAAAUAGAUUUGUUUUUAUGUUAUAUAAACAACUUCGCAAUCUUUGGCUGAAUGUUACUACACACAUAGCCAUUAAAAAUGAUUUGUAUGUUUUCCAAACCGGUAAAAUUAAAAGUCCUUUUUAAAGUAAAUAUAUUAUACAAAGGUGUCCGUUGAAAUCUAAUGAAUUUAAAUUAAAUUAUAAAUUACGCCAAGAAUUACUGUGUAUGUCAAUAUUUUUUGUGCAUUUGGGCCAAUUUGAGCAAUCUCCUUUAACAUCAUACUCUCUUUUUCAUUCUAUAUAGAGAAUGACAAGAAAACACUGUUGUCAAAUAUAAUUUUAGAUUGAGAGAAUCAUGCCAGAAUUGACACCACUGAUAAUAAUCACAACAGAAAUUUUACUUAAUAUGGUAACUUAUUUAAUAUUACAAGAUAAGGCACUUGUCAGUAUUCAGGUGAACUAUCACCUACAUAUUUAACAUCAUCAUUUACAAUUAUAGGCUUCUUUACAUGUUUAUCUUCCACGUCAAAACUUAUCAGGUCUUCAGAACAAAUGUUAGAUUUCUUGGUUGAGGCCACAUCACUUUUGUUUUUAAGUGCUGCAGCAUAAUUCAAUACUGGUUUAGUUGAACUUGUGACUGUCAACACAGGACUAGGACUUCUGUCCUUUGAGUCAUUUUCUAUCAACUGAACUGAGUUCUCACUGUCUUGGAGGUGAUUACUAUUCAUAAGAAUAUUUGGAAUAUUCAGUAUAUCUACAUCUGGAGGGGUCUUUAAAGCUUGAACACAUGCCUCUGCCAUUUCAAUUUCUCUUGUCAUGAAUUUUUCUUCAAGCAUUUUGUUAUAGGCUGUGUGAAGUUCCAUAGACUGUUUAUCAGAAAGAAUAUUACUCAUUUGCUUGAUUUCUGCUUCUAACUCUCUAAUAGUACACUCAUUUUUAGCAGCUACUUUAGCUUCUUUGAUAAGCCUAAUGUCAACGGCUUCUUGAAUACAUAGGAUUGCAUCACUGGUAACAUUACUUUGUACAUUUGAUUCUGUGAUUAUUUUAUUGAAUACACUAUGAGCAGACAAUCUGUUUGGUUUCUUAUAUCCAGUUAGUUUCUCUCCUAAAUUGGCAGUUACAUCUUCAAUAUAUUCAUAAAUGUCGAAACAAUUUAUUUUGCCAAACCUAUAUGUGAAUGUAUGGGUUGAGCCUGAGGAGGAUGUUUUAUUUGAUAAAUUACAUGUAACAAAAUUUUUCUUCCCAUGAUACUUUUCAAAAUAUUUUUGAAGACCUUUAGUAAUUAAUUUAUCUCUGAAAGUGGGCUUUAAAUUGGUGUUUUUUCUAUAUUUAUACCAACCAACUACUUCACUUGCACAGUUUGAUAGCAGACCUGAGAGAACAUCUUCUUUAAUCCUCCCAGUUGGUAAGUAAAAUAAUGAAACAGAUGGUAGUGGUAGAACUGUUCGUAUUACAAUCUGCGUGUCAAGCCUUGCAUUCUCACUUUGAGAAUCCGAUAUGUGAUUGGUGAUUUCAGAAGUCACAUCUCCAAUGAGAAACCCCUCCUUAAAUAUAAAUUGUUACAUAAUUUAUACACUCGUACAAUAGAAAGGACAGAGCUGUGCCACUGAGCGACACCUUUUCAGUAUAUGCCAUUAUAGACAAAUGGCAUAAACGUAACUAAACAUACAAUAACUUUCUAUUAUUUUGAAUACAAUGCUUCAUAAAACAAACAGUUUUUCGUUAAAAAUUACAGUAACAAAAUAAAUUCCGCGGAUAAAUUUGCUUGGAACAUAAAGUGACAUGACACUUGGUUCGUGACACUGACAGACAGCCAGUUUGAC